CUUUAUUUUUUUAACAGAUAUCGGCCGAUACUGAUAUGUUAACUGAUAUUUUAUGCAUCUCUACUUAUUUUGCAGGUAAAUCUCUGCAUUAAGUAGCACACUCUAUCCUGUGUCGGUCUGCGGGUCCCUGGUCUUCAGACAAAAAAGUCCAUAAUGGCUGAGGAAAGUGAAAAACGACCAAUUGAAAGUUGGACAGAAUCCGAUGUGAGCACCUGGUUAAGGUCCAUAAAAAUAAACGAGAAAUAUAUUCAGAAAUUCCAAGAGGAAGAAGUCAAUGGGGAUGUCCUCUUACAAGCAACUGAAAAAUAUCUGAAAAACAAGAUUGGAAUGAAAUCUGGACCAAUCCAUCUUCUGAUGACCAAAAGAGAUGAGCUCACCAAUUCUUCUCCAGCUGCUAAGCCUCAAGACGUCGCUGCAGAGAAAAGUGAAAAUCAGUCAAACCAGCAAGAGCAGUGUGAUUUAAGUGAGAAAGGAAUCAAAGUAAAAUCAAAAACCAAAAAAAAAAAAGCUUCUCUGAGUGGGUUAUCUGCGAAAAGAGACUGCAGGCCUCGGCCUUUUGGCAAAGAUGGGGUUAACUUCACAUAUGCAAAGCACAACGUGUUGAAGCCUGAAUCAGGAGUUGUUGAUAUGAUUUCUCCUUGUCAUGAAUACAAGUCAUUUGAAAUUGCUGCUGAUUUGGACAAUCAGAGGUUACAAGCCAAACUUGCCAAAGAAACUUUCAAAUUCGCCUGUGGAUGUAUGAACAUGCGAACAAAUGGCACAAUACACUUCGGUGUCAUGGACAGUGUAAACGACUCUGGUUAUGUUCAUGGUGAGAUAAUAGGUAUUCCUAUUAAAGAUAAAGAUGUUUAUGUUGAUGCAUUAGACUACAUGAAUAAGUGCUUUAAAUCUGACAGUGACCUCGCAGCAGAAUGUAUUCGCCCACCAGAGUUUAUUGAAGUUUCAGACACUGACAGCACAGAAAAAUAUUAUGUGGUAGAAAUUGACAUUGUACCAAAAAUAAGUAUCGUGUGCAACAAACUGUUCUCUGUCUGUCUGCCGAAUUUCAAGGAAAAUUCAAACAAGGUGGAAUAUGAAAAGAAAACAAUGUACUGUAGAAAUGGUUCCAAAACAGAACCAAUCAGCAAUCAGGAAGAGUUCUACUCCAGCCUAAGACACAGAGAUGAGCUUAGAAAAGAAGCGGAAAAUGACCAUACUGUUCCAGAUGUGAGUGUUGACCUUGGAAGGAAACUGGCAAUGUUGAUCACUGAUGGAAAAGGGAAAAUUGAAAAGGAAAAGUGGCACAUUGUUGUUACAAACAGAUUUCAGGAAGAACAUUUGAAAUGCAUUGACUUUUUACUGGAUCUGAAAAUUUUAUGUGUGUUUGACUUCGACCCCAACUCUAAAGCAUCUGGAUUAUGCAAGAAAUACCUUGAGCACCAUGCAGCAAAUUUGCAUUUCUUACAAAACUACAAAAUGCCAGAUGAAAUGAGCAUUAAAGACUUUGAAGGUGAAUUGCAUUUGUUUGAACAGGUCAGCUGGAUUUUUUGCAAUGGACGAAAUGAUUUCCGUGGAAACGAGACUCCCUGUGAUGAAAUGACAUGGAUUAAAACUAGAAAGUCAUUUCUAAAGGAGGCAGUGCGUCUGAUCUGUAAACAAAUCUUACCAAACGGCACUUUCUCUGUGAUUUUCUUUCUUACCUCUCCAGUGGAGCUACCGAUCGUUCACACUUUCCAUGAGUUCUUUGCUGAAAUGCAAGGUCAUGAUGAUAUCAUUUGCAUUUCAGAGUCUGAGGAAAAUUACAGCAAAUGGGAAGGUUUUGCUCAGUCAUCUUGCACUGCUGAGACUGUGCAGUCUAAGAGUGUUUCAGGGAUGAAAAUGAGCCAUAUCAAUGCUACAAUUCAGCAGCUUCAGCCCUCCAGAACAAGGGUCGUCAAGCAUCUUUCUGUCUUCAGUAAAGGUGUUUGUCAACUUGAAAAGGUUGAAGAAGAAAGAAUGUCUGCAAUAGAAAUUCUGAGCGUUGAGCAGUGUGAUGAUACCAAAAUUGAUUCUGAGGCUGAAAUCAAAAACAUUGAAGAGAAUUUUUAUCGAGGGGGUAAAGUGAGUUGGAUGAAUUUUUGGUUGUCAGAGAAGAAACAUGUUGGGGACUUCAUUCAGAGAGAUACAUAUAAAGAAAUUUCCAAACGUAUCAGUGACCUUCCCAAGUGGAGUUUCGAACAACCAGCUGUUUAUGAUCUUAGAAUAUACCACCAACCAGGUAGUGGUGGAAGCACUGUUGCACGGCAAGUGCUCUGGAAUAACAGGAAAAACUUCAGAUGUGCAGUGGCAAGACACUCAUUCUCUGCUUCAAAAGUGGCUGAACACGCUGUGAAGUUGCGAGAGUAUGAGGAAGCUGAUGCACAGAAAUGUCUUCCAGUUCUUUUGCUGGUUGAAGAUUUUGACACAGAAUACCUUGAAGAUCUAAGGAGAGAGCUUGAAUUGGCCGUAAGAACUCAGAAGAUCAAGCCAGGGACACUGUGUUUUAUUUUACUAAGCUGCAGACAAUCACGUGAACCAGAAAAAAUGUGCAAGGAGUCACCCUCACAGAAUUUUUCUGUGACUCAUAAACUGUCAGCGGAAGAGAAGAAAGAGUUUGCACGAAAAAAGACUGAAGUUGAAAAGCAAUAUUCAGCUGAUUACAUCAUAACCUUUGUUUUGAUGAGUGAGGAAUUUAACAAACAAUACAUCAUCAAAUUUGUGAAAGAUUUACUUGAUGGCAUUAACCAUGAAGAUGUUGUCACUCAUCUCAUUCAUUAUGUAGCAUUACUCAAUACAUAUGUGCAAAACUCCUAUCUCUCUCAGUCCCACUGUGAAGCUCUACUACUACUAACCAUGCAGACAAAUAUGCAGACAAGUACAGGACAAAAACACACAGACAGAUUCCGAAGGCAUUUGUUUGAAUCAUCAUUAAGCGAGCAGGCCAAAGUUCUUUUCAUCCAUCUGAGAGAUGAGAAGACUCAUAUUCAAAGCAUACGCAUCCUUCAUCCCUUAAUUGCUGAAGAAGUUCUUCGGCAACUUUUGGGCAAUGACCAACAGCAGAGUGACAUAGCCAUGAAACUGCUCAAAGAUGAUGUGCUUUUUCAGAACAAUUUUGGAAAAGAGCAUUACUAUAGAUUCCUGCGUGACCUCUGCAUGAGGCGCAACAAGAUCAGUAAAGGAGACAAGUCUGACACUUCAUUUUCUCCUCUCAUUGAACACAUUUUGAAGAAGGAAAACCUGGAAAAGGCCUUUGAGAUCCUGAAAGCAGCCUACACACGGUUUAAUGAAGAUCCCUUCUUUGCUCAGCACCUUGCACGGUUGUGUUACACAUACAAAGAGUUUCUGGAAGCCAACAAAUGGGCAAAUGUAGCAGAGAAAAAGAUGCCAGGCCACUCCUAUAUCUUAGAUACAAAGGGCCAAGUGUUCAAAAGAUGGUUUAAUGACAAACGUAAAAAUCUUAACAGUAACUUGACUCCAGAAAACACAGCAGAUGCAAUUUCAACAGCGUUAGACGCAAUUGAAUGCUUCAGAACUUGUGAGGUUGCAGCCGAUUUGGAGCAGGACUCCUUGAAUGAUUCAGGCUACUUCUCAGAAAUUGAAGUAGAAUGUGAUCUUUUGGAUCUCAUUUUGAAAGUGUUUCCACAUGGAGAAAAGGGCCACUAUGAAUGUAUGCAGUAUUUAGUGACAGAUCACAUUCCAGAAAGGGUGAAAAAGCCAUGGGAGUGUUUUCACAGUAAACUGAAAUUCAUUCACAAGAAUAUGCAUGAUGCCCUCAUGAGAAUUUCAGAAGAUCUGAGCUACUUUCAGACUGACAUCAGUUCAGAUGGUGAUGAAAAAUACAACUCUGACCUGAGAAUAAGGAAUCCAAUAAAAUGGCUUGCGACAAAAACUACCUGGUAUGGAAAAUUUUUCAGAGACGUAGAGUUGCCCUCCAAAGAUCAAAAUCAAUUAUCAACACGCAUGAAAAUUUGUUCUCUUGGAGGUGAUAAUAUUACUAGCAUCUUUUCUCUUUUGUCUGAAAAGAAACAGGACCAACUAGAAUCCAUCAUUACCAUAUACGGUGGGCUGAAGAAGCUUGAUCAAAUGGAACUGGCCAAUUACAUAGCAUCUCAGAUAGCCUUAGGGAGUGUUUCAAGUGCAUCCACUCCUUCUAAACUCAAGGAGCUUCAAGCGCGCAGCCAGCAGUUCCCUCUGGACAGAGACAGAUGUCACCCCAAUGCCCUCUUCUUACUCACAUUGCUUUUCUGGCCAGAGGAUGACGACACCAAUCAGGAGAGGGAUAACAAAUAUGAAAUCCUUAUGUCUGCUGUGGAUGUUCUGAAACAAAGCUACAACAACAGAAGGAAAAAUGUGCCUCACAAAGAGCUGAGAGUUUUCACUCAUUUCUACCUUGGCAAAGGAAAGGGCCUGAGUAAGAUUGUGCAUAAAAGUAUGAUGCGGGCCUUUAAAACAUUCACAGUGUCACAAAAAAGAAUUAAGUGGUUUGAUGGAUAUAUCUGGAAAAUGCCAGAGAUUGUGCUCAUGCUGAAACGUGUUCAAGGCUGGACGGCACAUGGAAAUGUCUAUAUCAAAGGCUGUAAAGGGAAGGAGAUCAAGAUACUUGCCCUGAACUCUGAUUCAGUACCUGAUGGUAAUGAGAAUGUUGAAUUUUACGUGGGAUUUACAUUUCAAGGACCUGUUGCUUGUGGUAUCACUGUCUGUGAUGACAAAGAGACACAGGGACCAGGUUAGAAAUCAUAGUGUAGGAAAAUUAUAUUAAUGUUGUGUUUCAUCCGUGAAAUGUACCACCCACAAACGUUUACAUUUGUAAUAGUUACAUAAUGUUUGUAUGACUCUUCAUUGAAUAGCUGUAAAUAUGUAAAUAUUGUUUUGCACAUACAACCACCCACAGGUUUGUAAUUAUAUAUUUGUGGGGACUCCACAUUCAUUUCUAUGGGGAAAACUCUAAUCAUAACAUGGCAACCU